UCCUGUCUUUUUUUUUGCUUCUGGUUAUUCAUCAUUGUUGGGUUUUGUGAGACACAAUCUGUUAUUGCUUUUUUAGGUUUCACUAAUAACCCUUCAAAAGGUUUUUGCAUUGUUGUCUUUCUGUUGGGGGGUUUCUUUCUUUUGGUGCAUUUGAUCACCAUUGUUGUUAUUAUUCCCUGUGAGUGUUAAUUACAUGAGUUAAACACCUUGUCUGUCAAUUGGAGCUGUUUCAAGUUCCAAGAAGAUGGGGUUUGAUGAUGAAAAGAAGGCAGGGGAAGAAAAUGAAGAACAUCAUCAUCGUAGAAGUGAAUCUGAGCCACCUUUGAGCAGGCAUGCGAGUGAGUCUUCAAUCUAUGCAACUGAGGAUGAUGAUGAUGAAGUUGCAUCUAGAAUACAACUGGGUCCUCAGUGCACCCUUAAAGAACACCUUGAGAAAGAUAAGGAUGAUGAGAGUUUAAGGAGAUGGAAAGAACAACUCCUUGGGAGUGUGGAUGUAAACAAUGUUGCAGAAACGCUAGAUCCUGAAGUGAAAAUUACUAGCUUAUCUAUCAUCUCUCCUGAUAGAGGUGACAUUGUUCUUCCUGUUCCUGAAAGUGGAAACCCAAAGGGUUUAUGGUUCACUCUUAAAGAAGGCAGCCAUUACUGUUUGAAAUUCACCUUUGUAGUGAGUAAUAAUAUUGUCUCAGGCUUGAAAUACACCAAUACUGUUUGGAAGACCGGUGUUAAGGUGGACAGCUCAAAAGAGAUGCUUGGAACUUUCAGCCCUCAGACAGAGCCUUACACACAUGAGAUGGCAGAAGAAACCACGCCCUCUGGGAUAUUUGCAAGAGGAGCAUACUCUGCAAGAUCAAAGUUUCUUGAUGAUGACAACAAAUGCUACUUGGAGAUCAACUAUACUUUUGAUAUCAGGAAGGAUUGGGCUUGAACAUUGAUUGCAAUCUUCUCUUCCCAACCUGCAAUUGCUGUAGUAACUCUCCUUCAUUUAGUCAAAUACAUGUUAAUUUCUAUUUGAUGAUUUAAGAAAUCCAAAUGUCCUUGAUACUAAAUUCCUGCUUGUACCGUCAAAAAAAAAAUCCUGCUUGUACCAUUUUAUUUUAUUUUUUUACUAGAAGAGACAAACUCACACAGGACUAUUUAUUUAGUACUUUUAUCCAUAAAAUUACCAUUAGUAGUUACUUUUUCAGAUGCUUU